GCCCCUUCUCCGGCGAUAACCGGCUCCGUCUCGCGUGGUUCUCCGCGCGGCCGCCGGCGACAGGAAUACUCAUCAUUUCAAGACGAGAGAAAACAACGCAUCCAUUUUGUCUUCAUAUAACUUUUCGUCCUCCUCCCCAACCUCUCCAUCUCGAUUUUCGUCAUCUAGUCUCGAAAGUCAUCCAUCUCGAUUCUCGGAUUGGCAUUGAAGUACCAGCUGGUCCUUCCUCGUUCUUCUCUCCAGAAAGAUGGAUCCCAUUAGAGCUCCAUUCAGAGGUGUUAUUAAAGACGUCAAAGGAAGAGUAUCGUGUUACAAGCAAGAUUGGAUUGGUGGGUUCAAUUCAGGCUGCAGGAUAUUGGCCCCUACUUUGUAUGUCUUUUUUGCUUCUGCUCUUCCUGUCAUAGCCUUUGGAGAGCAGUUAAUGAAGGACACAGAUGGAACGCUUGGCACGGUGGAAACCUUAACUUCUACUGCUGUUUGUGGUAUCAUCCACUCAAUACUCGGUGGCCAGCCCAUGUUGAUUCUAGGAGUUGCAGAGCCCACCGUCAUAAUGUAUUCUUAUUUGUACGAUUUUGCCAAAGGCCGUCCAGAUCUUGGACCGCAUCUGUUUUUAGCCUGGAGCGGAUGGGUCUGUAUCUGGACAGCGUGCAUCUUGGUUCUUCUUUCUAUUUUUAAUGCCGGUGCUGUUAUUGUUAGAUUUACUAGGAUUGCAGAUGAACUUUUUGGGAUGCUAAUCUCGGUUCUCUUCAUCCAACAAGCCAUCAAGGGAGUAGUGAGUGAGUUUAGCACAUCGGAAGGCGAAGACCCGAGGGUACCAGUGCAGCAGUUUGAAUGGCGAUACACGAAUGGAUUGCUGGGGAUCAUAUUCUCAAUCGGCUUGCUGUAUACUGCUUUAAAGAGCAGAAGGGCAAGGACAUGGCGAUGCGGCACAGGCUGGUUUAGAAGCUUCAUGGCGGAGUAUGGGGUUACCUUUAUGGUUCUGGUGUGGACAGCACUGUCCUAUGCGGUCCCGAACGAUGUUCCUUCUGGGGUUCCUAGGAGGCUUUUUAGUCCACUUCCAUGGGAACCCAAAUCGCUGCAGCACUGGACCGUUGCGAAGGAUUUGCUGUCGGUUCCGCUGGUCUACAUAUUUGCCGCCAUAGUACCUGCCGUGAUGGUUGCGGGCCUUUAUUUUUUCGACCACAGUGUGGCUUCACAGAUGGCUCAGCAAAAAGAAUUCAACCUCCAAAAUCCUUCAGCUUACCAUUAUGACAUCUUGGUUCUCGGAUUCAUGGUUUUAAUUUGUGGGUUGCUUGGAAUCCCUCCUUCAAAUGGGGUUCUGCCGCAGUCACCCAUGCAUACCAAGAGCCUAGCCGUACUCAAGAGACAGUUGAUACACAAGAAGAUGGUCAAGACUGCAAGGGAAGGCAUAAAACAGCAUGCUAGCAGAUCAGAGAUAUAUGGCAAGAUGCAAGACGUGUUUAUAGAAAUGGGCAAAGGUCAUAAACAUGCCGUGUCGAUAGAUAGGGAGUUGAAGGACUUGAAGGACGCGGUUAUGCAGAAUGAAGCUGGUGAAGGAGAACAUGAAGGUAAAUUUGACCCUGAGAAACCCGUAGAUGCUCAUUUGCCUGUUCGGGUCAACGAGCAGAGAGUAACCAACUUGUGCCAGUCCAUCCUGGUGGGCGCUUGUCUUGGAGCUAUGCCUGUCAUCCAGAAGAUACCCACGUCCAUUCUCUGGGGAUAUUUUGCUUACAUGGCCGUCGAUAGCCUCCCUGGGAGUCAGUUCUGGGAGAGGAUAAAGCUUCUGUUUGUCACUCCUGGUCGGCGUUUCAAGGUUCUGGAAGGCGAACAUGCUCCAUUUGUCGAGUCCGUCCCCUUCAGAGCAAUAAAUUGCUUCACGAUGUUCCAAUUAGCAUAUUUCCUGCUCUGCUUUGGCCUGACAUGGAUACCUGUAGCCGGAAUUCUGUUUCCGCUGCCAUUCUUCUUGCUAAUUAGCAUCAGACAGCACGUCCUCCCAAAGUUCUUUCACCCGCAUCACUUGUGGGAACUGGACGCAGCCGAAUAUGAGGUAGUAGCUGGAGCCCCUCGUCGCCAUCCCAGCUUCUCAAUCCACCGCCCAAGCAUCGCACUUCGGGCCCUCGAGGGGGAAUAUUCUCCGUCAGAAGGUGCGGACAGCGAUCAUGAGUUAUGUGAUGCCGAAAUUUUGGAUGAACUCACGACCAGCAGAGGAGAGCUUAAAAUUAGGACCAAAAGUUUCACCGAUGAGAAGUUCCUUCAGGUUUAUCCGGAGGAGGGGAGCCCUCAAGAUCUGUAGAAAGAGAAUGUGCUUACUUUUAAGCAAAAUCUGAAGGAAUUCUGGGGCAGCUGUGAGCAGAUCAUUGUCAUUGUUUAUAAUAAUUUCAGAUGGAAAGCGGUCUGGUUCUUCACUGCACCAGAAAAUUAGUUGGUUCAUCGAAGGAUGCAGUGCAUCUGUAAAGAGAGAAAGAGGGUGGAAAGAAAAUAGCAACUAUAAUGUGUGCAUGAUUUCUUUUUUCUCAUUCUUUUCUCCCCUUUCAUUCCACUUCCUUCCUUCCUUUCUUUCUUUUUUGGUUUUGUUACAUCAGUCGAUAAAUGGGGAAAGAGGAAAAUGUAGAAGAAUGCCGAGAGUCUAAACUAUUUAUCUAAAGAACUGCUUAGAUAUUACGAGGAUCAUGAAUAUGGAAGAAUUGAUCGAUUAAGACGAUACAGCAGUACAGUUGUAUAUUGCCUCAGAAAAGAUGGUUGGACGCUUUAAAAAUUUUAUUAUACUAUUAUUAGUGCAUGA